GGCUGGGCUCAGCUGUGUGGUGGCCGAAUGUCAGUCCAGGGCCGGCGGCGUCGGGCGCCUUUUCCAUCCUGAAUCCAUGGCGGAGGGGGCGCGGAGAGGGCCCAGGCCGUAACCGGAGCCUGAGGCCCGGGCUAUUCAGUUCCCCGAAGGAAGCCGCCGGGAUGUUCGGCCGGUCGCGCAGCUGGGGCGGCGGCGGGCACGGCAGCGCUGUCCGCAACGUCCGCUCCCUCGACAACCUCAAGUACAUGUAUCACAUUCUGACCAAAAAUACCACUGUGACUGAGCACAACCGCAACCUGUUGGUGGAGACGAUUCGUACUAUAACAGAAAUCCUUAUAUGGGGAGAUCAAAAUGACAGUUCAGUGUUUGAUUUUUUCCUGGAGAAGAACAUGUUUGUGUUCUUUCUGAACAUCCUGCGUCAGAAGUCCGGCCGUUACGUAUGUGUGCAGCUUCUGCAGACACUGAACAUCCUCUUUGAGAACAUUAGCCAUGAGACGUCUCUCUAUUACCUGCUCUCUAACAACUACGUGAAUUCUAUCAUUGUGCAUAAAUUUGACUUCUCUGAUGAAGAGAUCAUGGCAUACUACAUAUCGUUCUUGAAAACCCUCUCUCUGAAACUCAACAACCACACCGUUCAUUUUUUUUAUAACGAGCAUACGAAUGAUUUUGCCUUGUACACAGAGGCCAUUAAAUUUUUCAACCAUCCCGAAAGCAUGGUCAGGAUUGCUGUUAGAACGAUAACUUUGAAUGUUUACAAAGUGGACAACCAACCAAUGCUUCACUACAUUCGAGAUAAAACGGCUGUCCCUUACUUCUCCAAUCUUGUCUGGUUUAUCGGGAGUCACGUGAUAGAACUGGAUAACUGUGUGCAAACCGACGAAGAGCACAGAAACCGGGGGAAGCUGAGUGACCUGGUAGCUGAGCACCUUGACCAUCUCCAUUACCUGAAUGAUAUUCUUAUUAUCAACUGUGAAUUCCUAAAUGAUGUGCUGACUGACCACUUACUGAACAGCCUAUUUCUACCACUCUAUGUGUAUUCCUUAGUCAACCAAGACAAGGGCGGGGAACGUCCGAAAAUAAGUCUCCAGGUUUCCUUGUACCUCUUGUCGCAGGUUUUCUUAAUUAUACAUUAUGCGCCCCUGGUGAAUUCCUUAACUGAAGUCAUUCUGAAUGGAGACCUGUCAAUGUUUUCGGCAAAAGUGGAGCAAGAUGUCCAGAAAAGCGCAACCAAGCCCAGCAUCCGAUGCUUCAUUAAACCUUCUGAGACAUUGGAGCGAUCUUUGGAAAUCAAUAAGCAUAAGGGACGGAAGAGGCUACAGAAAAGGCCGAAUUACAAAAAUGUUGAAGAGGAUGAGGAAGAAGAGAAGGGGCCUGAGGAAGGCCAAGAAGGCACGGAGGGUCCUUCUAAAGGUAUCAAGCCGAGCAGGGAGAACGAAGAAAUCGAGAUGGUGAUCAUGGAACGGUGCAAACUGUCUUCUGUGAUAGAACAGAACAUAACGGAUGAAGAAAAGACAGCAGCUGCUUCCGGUGCCCAGAUGUCAAACUGGAACAGGCCUUUUCUGGAGCUGGUGUACAAAGCCCUGGACUGUGCUGAGGACGAUUACUACGCGCUGUUUGUGCUGUGCCUUUUGUAUGCCAUGUCUCAUAACAAAGGAAUGGAGCAGGAGACGCUGGAGAGGAUUCAGCUUUCGGCUCAGGAUGCAGAGGAGAAAAACACCUACAACCCUGUUUUUGCAGAAAGGCUCAUCAGGAUAAUGAACUUCGCAGCUCAGCCAGAUGGCAGAAUCCGUUUAGCUACCUUGGAGCUUGGCUGCUUGCUGCUGAAACAGCUGGUGUUGUCCAAACAUGGUAGUAUUAUAAAAGAUGUUCACCUUGCCUGUCUGGAAGGUGCAAGAGAAGAAAGUGUCCACCUGCUGCGGCGUUUUUAUAAGGGAGAAGAAAUUUUUCUGGAUAUGUUUGAAGAUGAAUAUAGGAGUAUGACGCUGAAGCCCAUGAAUGUGGAGUACCUGAUGAUGGAUGCUUCCAUCCUGCUUCCGCCUACGGGGACACCACUAACUGGGAUCGAUUUUGUAAAGAGACUACCGUGCGGAGAUGUGGAAAGGACACGCAAGGCCAUCAGAGUCUUUUUCAUGCUUCGUUCCCUGUCACUGCAACUCCGGGAGGAGCCAGAGACGCAGUUGCCCUUGACGCGGGAGGAGGACCUGAUUAAGACCGAAGAUGUCCUGGACUUGAAUAACAGCGAUUUAAUUGCCUGCACUGUCAUCACGAAAGAUGCCGGUCAAGUCCAGCGCUUUCUGGCAGUAGAUAUUUACCAGAUGAGUUUGGUGGAGCCAGAGGUUGCCCGCUUAGGCUGGGGAGUGGUUAAAUUUGCAGGCCUUCUCCAGGACAUGCAGGUGACCGGAGUUGAAGACGACAGCCGGGCCCUUAACAUCGUCAUCCACAAGCCAGCUUCCAGCCCCCACUCCAAGCCCUUCCCCAUCCUUCAGGCCACCUUCGUUUUUUCUGACCACAUUCGCUGCAUCAUUGCAAAGCAGCGCCUGGCAAAGGGCCGCAUCCAAGCUCGGCGCAUGAAGAUGCAGAGGAUAGCAGCUCUCCUGGACCUUCCCGUCCAGCCUUCCAAUGAAGUGAUGGGGUUUGGACACAGCUCAACUGCCACGGCUCAGCACCUGCCCUUCAGGUUUUACGACCAGGCAAGGCGUAGCAGCUGCGACCCGGCUGUCCAGCGCUCUGUGUUUGCAUCUGUCGACAAGGUCCCAGGUUUUGCUGUUGCUCAGUGCACCAACCAGCAUGGCUCCUCUCCACUUUCUUCACCAUCUCCUCCGUCUAGCGGGAGCACCGGGCACUGUGACUCAGCUGCUGCCAGCUCCACGUCCACGCCUUCAGUGGUCCAGAGCCCAUCAGAUGACCCAGCAGCUCUGGAGCACCCUCAGAUGCCGUCCUUCGGUCUGUGGGCAGUAGCAGAUGACACUUCCGUAUCUCUCUCGAGACCCAGCAAGAACUCUGGAAGGAACGCCGACGUGGAAACGGCAAACUUAUCUCCCAGCUUGAUUCCUGCUCAGCAGCCCACAAUCUCCCUCAUCUCCACCGACACCACCGAUGCCCUGAGUGUGGAGUCACUGACGCUGGUCCCGCCAGUCGACACGGACAGUAUUCUCGCCGUUGGCUGCGUUCUGCCACCAGCUGCUGAGACGAAUGUUUGCACAGAGGCGGAGGGAAGCAGUCAUUCAGAUCAUGAGCAGUGACAGAGAUGCAAAGCAAACUCUUGCUGCUUUCUCCUGAGAGGCUGUGGGAACACGAAGCCCAUUAAUGAACCCGUAGUAACAUCCCACAAUCCUGUUAUCAGAGUCUUUUUUUCAAAGGAUUAAGAUUCUGCAUUUAAUUUUAAGAGGAGAGAGAAAUCUCUUGUAAACCUAGAGCUAAGUAUUGGACACCAGUGGUGAUGAAAAAGGGGUGAGGUGGGGGACAGAAUAGUAGGGGAGCUGGUAUUAGUGAUUUGGAGGACCUGCGGGUAUAUCUUUUCACGCUUUUAAAAAGCCACUAAUACGAAAGCCACUCAUUUGAACCCCGUUAUCAGGAAAAGCUACGACUGCAGCAAAAUUCAGAAAAUUUGAGAGAGACAUUUUGCUUUCUGUUCAGAAUUAUUUUUCUGUGUGGUGGAGGUUAGGGGCACCAACUGCUGGUAGAUUUGCCUGGAGGAAAGGCUGCCGAACUCCAGGGCACCUUGGAGGCAAUUUCCCCACCUGAACAAACCUCCUCUCUCUUCGUCCAGCCUCAUUCUGUUUUGAUUUAUUUUUGAAGGCAUGAGUAGUCUGUGCAAACCCCAGACCUACCAGCUGCUUGUAUUUAUACCGCUGUAGUCUUUAGGAUUUGGAUGUGUGUAUUCUCUCUCUCUCUCUCUGUGUGUAUUAUUUUAACCUGAGGUUGUAUGCACAUCUGUUAUGGGUGGGAGUUUGCAGAGCGAGGAGGGGGGGGAGCCUGUUCUUUAGCAUCUCUCAAGGGCUUAUUUGGAGGAAUACAUGGGAAAUCUUUGGCAGAGUUUUUGUGUAAAGGAUUUCAGAGGAAUGUAAACUAUUUUAACAUACUG